AUGGACGGGAGUCUGUUUGUGCUGCUUCUGCUGUCAGGGCUCUUCUGGAGCAGUUCUGCUCUUUCUCGUCCAUACCACUAUAUAAAUGUGAGAAUGUCGUGGCCAGAGGCUCAAAGUUACUGCAGAUCGAAGUACACUGAUCUGGCUACUGUAGACAGCAUGGGUGAUGUGAACAGGCUGGUAAAUAUAGUGGAUGCUGGAUACAGUGGAUCAGUGUGGAUUGGACUGAAGAGGGGGACACAGAAACGCUGGGGUUGGUCUAAUGGAGAGAACACAACUUCUGAGUACUAUAACUGGGAUUCAGCACAGCCAAAUGGAGAUGGAGAUUGUGUAGCUACUUUUUCCAGCGCUUGGCAUGAUGCGCCAUGUAGCCAUUUACUAUAUUUUACAUGCUAUACAGGAAAUACUUCAUAUCUAAUAACAAUUAACAAAAACUGGGCUGAUGCUCAAAGCUACUGCAGACAGUAUUACACAGACAUGCCCACCAUCCACAACUCUACGGAAAAUGACAACAUAUCUAAGAUGCUUUAUUCUGGAUGGUACGUCUGGAUUGGUCUGUUCCUGGACUCUUGGGAAUGGUCUGAUAAAUGGAUCCUCUUCUUCAGACACUGGGCAGCAGGUCAACCAUCCAUGAGAUCAGGAUCUGGUGACUGUGUUGGCAUGUCAAAAACCAAUUCUGGCAGAUGGGCUCAAUACAGCUGUGAUCUACAGAGUCCUUUUAUCUGCCAUGGAUGGCCUAGGCCUUCAGUACCAAUGUACCAGUUUAUGAACCAAAGUAUGACAUGGCUUGACGCUCAGAGAUGCUGCAGAGCAAGAUUCACUGAUCUGGCCACUGUUAUGACCAUGAAUGACGUGAGAAGGCUGGUAACUACAGUGGAUCCUGGAUACAACAGUUCAGUAUGGAUAGGUCUCCAUGCUUUGGGGGUGAGACGUUGGCUCUGGUCUAUGGGAGACAGCGCAAUCUCCCAGGACAGUAUGUGGCAUCCAGGAGAACCGAGUGGUGAUGGGGAGUGUGUGAGGAGUUUUAAUGGAAGCUGGUAUGAUGAGAGCUGCAGCACCGUUCUCCCAUUUGUGUGUUUCAAUGACAGCACUGGUUUUAUUAUUAAUAAGACUGCUAUGACAUGGAGAGAUGCUCAGGGUUACUGCAGACAACACCACACUGAUUUGGUGAGUAUCAGCAGCCCAGAGCAGCAGAAUCUGAUCAGUAAUGAAUCAUCGCUCUGGAUUGGUCUGUUUCUGGAUUCUUGGGAAUGGUCGAAUCGGUGGCACUACUUCUUUAGAUACUGGGCAGCAGAUCAACCAUUACUGAGUUCAGUGUCUAGUAACUGUGCUGGCAUGUCAGCAACCGAUUCUGGGAAAUGGGCUCAAUAUAGCUGUGAUCUAAAGCAGCCUUUUAUCUGCUAUGGAGAUGACAAGUUAAUUAAAAAACAGGUUGUCAGAGUGAAAUUGUCCUGUAAUGGAAAAUGCACAUUGAAUGAUCCGUCACUACAGACGACCAUUCUGAAUGAGAUAAGUGAAAAGCUGAAGAGCAUGGGGCUGGAAAGUGACAGAAAAUUAAGCUGGAGAAAGAGAGAAGAUGAAGAGGUGUUUCAUCUGGAGAGCAACCGUACAGCCAAUUCAAAUAACAAAUGUAAUGGGCAGUAA